ACAGUUCAAAAUUUUAUUUUCAUUUACAAGAAACUCUCAAUUUUUCAGAAACACCACAAUGAGAGUACCUCACACUGUUCCUGACAAUACUCUCAAGGCGUAUGAGCCCUCCGAGCCGACCCUGACCCUAGUAGGGGAACGCAAUCGACGACUGAGGGCGGAGAAUUGGACAUGGGACGAGACCAUCCCCCCUUCCCUGGUCGAGGAGUGCAUCCGUUUCUUCGUCUCACAGUUCGACGACCACAAAAGAGUUCUUCCUUUUCUGGAGGAUGACAACAUGAUUCUUCUUUUGGAAACCCUCCCUACGACUCUGCCAUUGGAGAUAGUCAUAUAUCUAAUACCGGACGGGAUCUACUGGAAACGUCGCUGCAACGAUACUUGGUCUACCAUGAACGAUGUGACAAAUUACGGUAACUCUUGGAAAAGAAUGUUUGCAGAGAGAUAUGUUGAAGACUUUAUAGAAUCAGAGGAGCCUGGGUACACGGAUUGGGUCGAGGUGGGGAACACCUUGAAACUGUGCUGUCCUUUCAUAAAGAAACUAGAGAUCUCCCAAUUACAACCUCCGAGAGUAAUGGAGGCUCCUGCCGACCCACCGGAUCUCUGUAAAUCUGAAGACUUCAUUCCAGAACAUCUCGAUCUCAGUCCUAUUCUAACGAUACUGGAGAAUUUGGAAGAGCUGAACUUGCAGUUCGGAGUCAAAGAUAUUGGAAUGAAAUUCACUUUUAAGUGCUUCAGCGUUCACAAUAAGGAUAUAGAAAGAUUGGCCAAGGGGUUAUCACUUUCAAAAAGAUUGAAAAUAUUACGUAUUUCGUGCAGCGAUAUCGACGACAGUAAGUUGAAUACUAUUUUGAAAGGUUUAGAACAUUGUGAUGUUUUUGAAGAGCUUGAAAUUGCUCAUUGUAAGAUAACCGACGAGGGUGCCAAAGCUCUAGGGUAUUUUGUCACCAUGAAAAUGUCUCUGAAACAUUUGAAACUGCAGAAUAAUUUGAUCGCCGCUGAAGGAGCUCAAGGCUUGGCUUACGCUUUGACAGCUAUUGAAAAAGCGGAGUUAGAAACACUUGACUUAAAGUUUAACUUGAUUGGUGAGGAGGGUGGAAAAUAUAUAUCCACCUCUCUGGCAAAGAGUAGGUAUCCACAACACCUUAUCUUGGCCGGAUGUGGACUGGGAGAGGAAGCUGGGAGAGAUCUUGUGAAUAUGUUGAAAGUAAAUACCACUUUGGCCACCAUGGACCUGACCAACAAUGCACUCGGAGUUGAGGUGGGCGAAUCGAUGGCUAAAUGUUUGGAGAAUAAUUUCACCAUUUUACAGCUAGACGUACGAAACUGCGGUUUUGAGGAGGAAAGCGAAAAGUUAAUUCACCUCAUGACCUUCAGAAACAGGGAGAAGGUCCGGAAGCGUCUGGACUCAAUGAGAAGUACGGUCACUGAAGAAGGAAGGCGGCCAACGACUUUUAUUUUGGAUGACAUUUAAAAAUUGAUUAAUUUAUAAUGAUUAUAUAGUUCACUGAGAUAGUCUGUCACAACUUCACAAUUUACAUCUAUAUCUAACAAGCUAUAUAUCUAACCAGCUGAACCAUAUUUUGGUAUCGUUGAUCAAACUAUUUAUAUCCAUGUGUGAAAACGUAUUUUAUUUAAGAAGUGCCUGUACUUUAACACAAGGACAAAUUUGUAAAUUAUAGCCUUGAUAAUGUAAUACAGCUAUUCAAAUCAUCUCGUGAUUUUUUCGAUGACAAUUUUUUUUACCUACUAUAUUUUAUAAAAAUUUUAAAUUACAAUGUUUAAAAAGAAUGUCAGGUUUUAUGGCAUUUGUAACAUUUCUGUUCAAAAAUAAAUAAAGGAGACACUACUGUUGGUAUUUUCCAAGUACUUACACCAACUUAUACCUAAUAUCUGACAACGUUGUUAAAUACUGCAGGCUAUAUUUGUUCCACAUCACUAUUUAUAGUGUAUUAUAGAAACUACACCAGCUAUACUAUAAUAUUUUGAUAAAAUUAGGGCCCUAAUAACUAACUGUUAACUCAUUUAUACUGUUGUUGUGUUUGUUAAAUCCUUAUUGUUAAUGUCUAUUGAAUAUCGUAUUUAACCGCAGAUUUGUUAACUUUUGACAGUGCUUUUCAGGUACUUAAAUUACCUGUUGUGAUUUUGUUAUCGUUAUCAAUCAACUUGUUAUUGCAUAAAAUUUUUAAAUCAUAUUUGUAAUUUUGUA